CUUCGCCUCAGCCGGACUCGGGUCCCCUCCGGCCCCGCCAUGGCGCUGCUCUCGCCGGUCCGUGUGCAGGAGCUCUUGCAGCUCCAAAACCUGGGAAUUAAUCCCGCCAACAUUGGAUUCAGCACCCUCACCAUGGAAUCUGACAGGUUUAUUUGUGUCCGAGAGGAAGUGGGUGAGCAGGCUCAAAUAGCCAUCGUUGACCUGAGUGAGCCAACAGCCCUGACCCGGCGGAGUGUCUCUGCAGAAAGUGCCAUCAUGCAUCCGGCUUCCAAGGUGAUCGCCUUGAAAGCCGGGAAGACCAUUCAGAUUUUUAACAUUGACACAAAGACUAGAGUGAAGGCUCACGUGAUGGCCGAUGAGGUGGUUUUCUGGAAGUGGAUCUCGUUGAGCACAGUUGCACUAGUGACUGAGACCGCCGUCUUCCACUGGGCCAUGGACGGCGAUGUCCCUCCCGUGAAGAUGUUUGAUCGCCAUUUCAGUCUGGCUGGGUGCCAGGUGAUCCAGUACCGGAUGGACCCCAACCAGAAGUGGCUGUUCCUCAUUGGGAUCUCUGCUCAGCAAAAUCGUGUAGUGGGAAUGAUACAGCUCUACUCGGUUGACAAGAAGGUGUCACAGUCCAUAGAAGGCCAUGCAGCAGCCUUUGCGGAGUUUUUGAUCGAGGGGAAUGCCAAGCCUUCCACCCUCUUCUGCUUUGCAGUGCGCAGCCACACAGAAGGCAAGUUGCACAUCAUCGAGGUGGGGCAGCCUGCGGCAGGAAGCCAGCCCUUUAUAGGCGCGAAGCACGGGAUUGUUUACUUGAUCACAAAGUUUGGCUACGUUCAUCUGUACGACCUAGAGUCUGGUGAGUGUGUCUACAUGAAUCGUAUUAGCGCGGACACCGUCUUUGUAACCACUCCUCACGAAACGACUUCUGGUGUCAUUGGUGUCAACAAGAAGGGACAGGUCCUCUCAGUGUGCAUAGAUGAAGACAACGUUGUGAAUUAUACAGCCAACGCGCUUCAGAAUCCAGAUCUCGGGAUGCGCUUGGCCUCACGUGGUAAUCUGCCUGGGGCCGAGGAGUUGUUUGCCAGAAAAUUCAGCACCCUCUUUGCACAGGGGAGCUACACUGAGGCCGCCAGAGUGGCUGCAUGUGCACCAAAGGGAGUGCUGCGUACCAGUGACACACUGUUGAAGUUCCAGAGUCUACCUGCCCAGCCUGGGCAGGCUUCGCCUUUGCUCCGGUACUUUGCAAUCCUGCUUGACCGUGGUCAGCUCAAUAAAUACGAGUCCAUAGAACUCUGCCGCCCCAUUCUUCAGCAGGGGCGCACACAGCUCUUGGAAAAGUGGCUGAAAGAAGAGAAGCUGGACUGUUCGGAAGAGCUUGGCGAUUUGGUCAAAACCACUGCCCCGACACUUGCACUGAGCGUGUACCUUCGGGCAAAUGUGCCCGGCAAAGUUGUCCAGUGUUUUGCAGAGACGGGCCAAUUCCAGAACCUUGUCCUCUACACCAAAAAGGUUGGGUUUACGCCAGAUUGGAUCUUUCUACUGAGGAGCGUGAUGAUGCGCCAUCCGGAGCAGGGGCUACAGUUUGCUCAGUUGCUGGUGCAGGAUGAGGAGCCACUGACCAACACUGACCAGAUUGUAGAUGUUUUCAUGGAAAACAACUUAAUCCAGCUGUGUACUUCCUUCUUGUUCGACGCCUUGAAGAAUAAUCACCCAGCUGAGGGUCACCUCCAGACUCGACUGCUGGAGAUGAACCUGAUUCACGCACCACAGGUGGCAGACACCAUCCUUGGGAAUCAGAUGUUCACGCAUUAUGACCGGGCCCACGUGGCCCAGCUCUGUGAAAAGGCCGGCCUCCUGCAGAGGGCGCUGGAGCACUACACCGAUCUCGGUGACAUCAAGAGGAUCGUGGUCCACACCCCCUACCUAAACCCAGAGUGGCUUGUAGAUUUCUUUGGGUCCUUGUCCGUGGAGGAUUCCAUGGAGUGUCUGCGGGCUAUGCUGUCCUCAAACAUCGUCCAGAACCUCCAGCUGUGUGUACAGGUGGCAUCCAAGUACCAUGAGCAGCUGGGCACCCAGUCCUUGGUGGAGCUCUUUGAGGCCUUCAGGAGUUAUGAAGAGAGUCACUCUGAGUGCGAAUCGAUUCCACAGCAGUGGGUUUCGGUAUGUGCAGAGCAGCUGUGCUCGGCCGGCAUCAACGCUGAGGCCAAGCUCACAGACCAGCUUCCUCUCAUCAUUGUGUGUGACCGCUUCGGCUUUGUCCACGAUCUCAUCCUACACCUCUACCGCAACAACCUGCACAAGUACAUUGAGAUCUACGUCCAGAAGGUGAACCCUCGCCGGACCCCAGCUGUGGUCGGAGGACUGCUAGAUGUGGACUGUUGUGAGGAGGUCAUUAAAAAGCUCAUCAUGGUGGUUGGAGGGCAGUUUCCAACUGAUGAGCUAGUGGCUGAAGUCGAAAAAAGAAACCGGCUGAAGCUACUGCUGCCGUGGCUGGAGAGCAGGGUUCAGGAAGGCUGUGAGGAGCCUGCCACCCACAAUGCCCUGGCCAAGAUCUACGUGGACAGUAACAGCAGCCCAGAGCAUUUCCUGAGGGAGAACGCCUUCUAUGACAGCAUCGUCGUGGGCCGAUACUGUGAGAAGAGGAACCCCCAUCUGGCCUGCGUAGCCUAUGAGCGGGGACAAUGUGACCUUCAUCUCAUCCAGGUUUGCAACGAGAAUGCUCUGUUCAAAAGUGAGGCCUGCUACUUGGUGCGCAGGAAGGAUCCAGAACUUUGGGCUCACGUCCUGGAGGAAACCAACCCGUACAGGAGACAGCUAGUUGACCAGGUGGUGCAGACAGCAUUGCCAGCAACUCAAGAUCCUGAAGAAGUUUCCAGCACCAUCAAGGCCUUCAUGGCCGCCGACCUGCCCCACGAGCUGCUGGAGCUGCUAAAGAAGAUUGUUCUGGAUAACUCUGUCUUCAGUGAGCAUAGACGCAUGGAGUUCAAUCGUAUGGUGUGCUUUGCCUGUGUGGAUGGGCAGGAGUUCCACCUCGCACAGCUGUGUGGUCUUCACAUCGUCAUCCACGCAGAUGAGCUGGAGGAACUGACCCACUAUUACCAGGACCGGGGCUUCUUCGAGGAGCUGAUCUGCCUGCUGGAGGAAGCCCUGGGCCUGGAACGGGCCCACAUGGGCAUGUUUACAGAGUUGGCCAUCCUCUACAGCAAGUUCAAGCCACAGAAGAUGUCAGAGUACCUGGAGCUCUUCUGGUCCCGUGUCAACAUCCCCAAGGUGCUAAGAGCCACAGAGCAGGCUCAUCUCUGGGCUGAACUGGUCUUCCUCUACGACAAGUACGAAGAGUAUGACAAUGCUGUCCUUACCAUGAUGAACCACCCCACUGUGGCCUGGAAGGAAAGUCAGUUCCAGGACACCAUUGCCAAGGUCGGCAAUGUGGAGCUCUGCUACAAAGCCCUGCAGUUUUACCUGGAUUACAAACCCCUGCUUAUCAACAACCUCCUCCUGGCACUCUCACCCCGCCUCGACCAUGCCCGAACCAUCAGCUUCUUCUCGAAGGCAGGCCAGCUGUCCCUGGUGAAGCCCUACCUGCGCUCAGUCCAGAGCCACAAUGACCAGAGUGUGAACGAGGCGCUGAACCACCUGCUGCUGGAAGAAGAGGAUUACCAGGCUCUGAGGACGUCCCUGGAGGCCUAUGACAAUUUUGACCACAUCGGCCUGGCUCAGCGCCUAGAAAGGCACCCGCUGAUAGAGUUCCGGCGCCUGGCUGCGCAGCUGUACAAGGAGACAGGCCGGUGGGCCCAGAGCGUGGCGCUCUGUAAGAAGGACCAGCUCUACAAGGACGCCAUGCAGCUGGCUGCAGAGUCCCGGGAUGCAGAACUGGCGGAGGAGCUGCUGCACUGGCUCCUGGAGAGGGGCCAGCGGGAGUGCUUUGUGGCCUCGCUCUUCACCUGCUACGACCUGCUGCAUCCGGACGUGGUGCUCGAGCUGGCCUGGAGACACGGGCUCCUGGACUAUACUGCACCCUACCUGGUCCAGCUGACACGGGAGUACAUCAACACGGUGAGUAGAUCCACACCAACCCUUGGUCCCCACUGGUCCCUUCUCCUACCACAUGCUACCCUGCUCUGGGCUUGAUACCACCCUGGUGCUCCCCAAUUGUUACCCUCCUCAAGAACC